AUGUUUUUCGUCUUUAUUCUAAUGUAUUUAAGAACAUCAUCAGCUCUUCUUCUUUCAACACGAGAUCGUGUUUCUACUCGUAAUAUAACAUGUCAAAAUGGUUCAUCAUCAUCAAAUUUAUUAUUUAAUUGUGAAGUAUGUCUUGUUAUUUCACGCAAUUAUGAAAUUAGAACAACACUUUCAUUAACUGGUUCUGGUCCAUUAGGUGUAACUUAUGCAUGUUUACAAGUCAAUCAAAUUGAAGCCUAUCAUGAAAACCUUGUUCGAGAAUGCAAUAAUUUUCCACAAGGUACACUCAAUGGUUACGAUGAUUUUUGUGUUGCUUCACCAUAUAAUAAACUACGUGGUUCAUAUCGAGCAUGUAUGUGUAUUACAAAUGCAUGCAAUUUAAAUUAUUCAGAAUGUGUCCAACGUACUAAACCCUAUUGGGAUCAAAAACCACCAACAUUUAGUAAUAGUAUUGUUUCAUUAACAAAUCGAAUCAAAUGCUAUCGACCAUAUGAAGAUUAUAAACCACAGCAAUAUUCUUCUUUAACACCACUAUGUUCGUCAAAUGAUUAUGAAUGUAAAGACUUUUUAUUUGAUCAGGGUAUUUUAUGUGUAAUUAGUGUUGAUCGAACUAAUCAAAUAACACGACAAACUUUACCACCUUCAAUUUAUUCGGCACAUUUAAUGAAAUAUAAAUCCACAUUUUGUAAAUCAUAUACAUGGACAUCAAAAAGUAUCUAUUUUACACAAUGUCAACAAGAUGAAACAAUAUGUAUGUGUGCUGUUGAUGGAUGUGAUAAAGAUUUAGAAACAUGCCGAAAAAGUAGAGCAACAUCUAUUUGUCAUUAUUCAUUCUUUUAUUUUCUUUUACUUGUACUAAAUAUUUACUUUUAA